AUGUAUGUAUACCCUUUUUACGAGCGUGCCGGUCGUGUUCACUGUCUGGGUGGACCGGAACCUCGAUAUGGUUCAGUCGGUAUUGUGGGCGCUGUCUCACCACCUGGUGGUGAUUUUGCCGAUCCCGUUACCUCGGCUACGUUAAGCAUUGUGCAGCUUAACUGUUUUCCUUCUGUGCGCGCCAAUCAUUGCGUUUUUUCAUCAACUGUUCCGUUCUUUCCUGGUCAGGUUUUCUGGGGUUUGGACAAAAAACUUGCCCAACGCAAACACUUCCCCAGUGUGAAUUGGCUUAUAUCCUACUCCAAAUAUCUACGCGCUCUGGAUGACUACUAUGAUCGAAAUUUCCCGGAAUUUGUAGCUCUUCGUACCAAGAUGAACGAGAUUUUACAAGAAGAGGAAGAGCUAUCCGAGAUCGUCCAAUUGGUUGGAAAAGCUUCUUUGGCUGAAUCGGAUAAAAUUACUUUGGAAGUUGCCAGAAUAAUCAAAGACGAUUUUCUGCAGCAAAAUGGUUACUCCAACUACGAUCGUUUCUGUCCGUUCUACAAAACUGUUGGAAUGAUGCGCAAUAUUAUUGGAUUCUACGAUCAGGCGCGUCAUGCGGUUGAGGUGACUGCCCAAUCGGAUCACCGUGUUACGUGGGCUUUGAUUCGUGAGGCAAUGGGACCAACCAUUUACAAGAUAUCCAGCAUGAAAUUCAAAGACCCCAAAGCUGAUGGCAAAGUGAGUGUUUCGUUUUUUUGA